GAUAUAACAAGGCGAUGGACCCCAAGGAGCCCAGGUAGCGCAAUGGCUUACGCUUUCUCUUAUCCCCGGAAUGGCUCCCUCUCGGCGGGCUCCGUGCGUCUCUUCCCCGGUUCUUCUGCUGCUUCCGUGCGUGGCAACUCCAGCGGUUCCGACGUUCUGUUAACCCGAAUACGUGGGGCGCUCCCGGCGGCCCGAGCCAGUGUAGCGGCGGCUCCUUUCUUGGUGGGCCCGGGCCGGCAGCAGGAGGCGCUGCAGGGGUUAAACGAGCGCCUGGCCGGCUACCUGCAGCGGGUGCGGGGGCUAGAGGCAGCCAAUCGAGCCCUGGAGGAGGAGAUCGCCGCCACCCGGUCGAGCAAGGCUGGGGCACUUGGCCGUAAAGACUGGGAAGCCUGCGAGCAGCCCCUGGCCGAGCUGCGCAAGCAGGUUGAAGACCUCAGUAUGGAGAAUGUCAGGCUGCUUCUGCAAAUUGAUAAUGCCAGGCUGGCAACGGAUGACUUUAAGCAGAAGCUGGAAGCAGAACAGGCUGUAUGUGACAGUGUCCAGAAGGACACCCAAGGGUUGCGCAAAAUCAUAGAUGACACCAACUUCCUACGUUUGCAGCUGGAAGGGGACCUGGAAUCCCUCAGAGAGGAGCUGGCUCACUUGCGCAAAAGCCACAAGGAAGAAGUGGAGGCUCUCAAUGCUCUGGUGGCCAAGUCUGAUGUAACAGUUCAAGUUGACAACCCACAGAAGCAUGACCUGAGUGAGACCAUUGCUGAGAUACGCAACCAGUAUGAGCAAAUGGCUGAGCAGAAUCGUGCUGAUACAGAGAACUGGUACAGAACCAAGGUUGACUCCAUGUCCCAAGAGGCCAACAUGAACACUCAAGCCCUUGAGCAGGCCAGGAGCGAAUUGUCAGAGCUUCGUCGGCAGUUGCAAGGCCUGGAGAUUGAACAUCAGACUCUCCAGAAAAUGGUGGACGCUCUGGAGAACACACUGAAAAACACAGAAGAUCACUAUCACAGUGGCCUGGCCAAUCUGAACCAAGUUAUUGCUAAUCUGCAAGAGGACCUGGCAGCCUGUCGGGCCGAUCUGGAGGCACAGUCCGGAGACUAUGAAAUACUUCUGGACCUCAAGACAAAGCUAGAGAAUGAGAUUGGACACUACCGCACUUUGAUCGAGGGUGUAACAGACAGAGAUGUGUUGAACUCAGGAAAAGCAGUGAUCAGGAGCCAAGCGAUUAAAAAGAUUGUGGUCAUUACACACGAAAUUGUGAAUGGGCAAGAUGUGACCCAGAGAUCUGAAGAAAUAAUUCAAUAGGAUUUCCUAAUACUUUACUCCUCCAUCAACAAUCUCUUCUUCUGUUGACUAAAAUAACAAUGAGCAAUUCAACAUCCUGUUGUGGUAUUUGCCAACCUGGUCAUAUUGAGUUUUUAAAAAAUCAACAUUACUUAUAAUAGAGAUUGAAGCUUGCUUAAAUGAUAGCCACAUUGCUACUGAUCUUGUGCAGUUAUGUGUCUUCCUCUCUUCACAAUCUUCUGAAAAUUUGGGCAUAAUUCCUAUAUAUUUGAAAGGGGUGGGGCAGGCAAAUCCACAUAUAUCCUCCAAAGAGACAAAGAAAUGGCAAGGGCUUCAAUGUUUUUCAGAGUUGUACUGAUGAUUUCCUACUAUGCUGGAAAUACAGUAAAAAUCUGGCUAAAAAUAAAAGGUAUCUUAUUCACCAUAGUAGCAUUUCACUUCUUUGCUAAUGUUUUAAGUGCUUGAGCUUCAUCUGUAUGGAGACUUUGGUUCAAACUUGUCAGAUUUCUUCUCCUUUACAACUUGAGUAUAUUUAUCAAUUGAGGGAAUGCAUUAAAGGCUGCUGGUUAUAUAUUUCUCUCCCAUAAACCUUUUCUGAUUCUGUUAAGCAUAAACAAGUAAUAAUGAAUACCAUAAAUCAUGCUGGGUAAGAUAGAAAGAUCUCCUUUAUUAAUGAACCCAACAAUAUUUCUUCAGAUACAGGAAUUGUGAACUCAAAAUAUCUGGAAGAAAAACAAGUUAAUAUUGCAUUAUGACCAUAAGAAAUACUGCCAACUCAUAACCGGUAAACAUAUUGCAAAGCAAAACAGCUUGAAAAAGGGGAGCAGGGAGGGGAAAAGAAAA